CUGUUUUAUUCUAAGGCAUGGUAAAAGAGAAAGAAAACAUGAUUGAAAUGUGUCAUUUUUGCGGGGAGCAGGGAGGAAAUAAAUCAACAAAAUGGCAAAGGCUUGUGUUUGUAUAGAAUAUUUUACUUUAACAAAUAUUACGAUUUUCUUAUUAAGAAGAAUAUUAUUUUAUGGAGAUAUUUGAUUGUUAUACGGAAAUUGGGAAUUCUGCCUGGUUGCAUUCAAUAUUUACAUAAGUACAUAUACCUAAGUAUCUAUAAAAAUGGAUCAGGAGUGCGAUUAUAAUUCACCAGUUGGGCAGAUAAUAAAGCAAAUCAACGCACUGUGUAAGAAGCCCAAGAUAGAUGAUGAGCUAAGAUCUGCAUUGGAGUUAUUCAGCGACAAGAUCAAUCACCAGAAGAAGUUUAUGAAUAAUGGCAUAUUCACUAUCAAUUUUGCAGAAGCUGCACUUUUCCUUCAAAGUUGUGCAGAACUGUAUGGUAAAAAAGUUGACUUAUUGUGGGAUCAACUUCUCGAAUUCCAUACCAGGCUUAUAGAAUAUGAUUGUGCUCAUGAGAAAGAGAAAGGGAAAAAGGUAAAUGAUGAAGUCAUAAAGCAGCUAGAGGAGAGGCGUAACAGAUACAAACGAAAGAAAAAAUUCAAACUUAUGUUGGCACAGGAGGACAACCUAGAACGGUUUUUAUUUGAUAAACCAAUAAAUGAAGAUAAGGACAAGCUGAAUACAUUUGAGCCAGAUGAAACUUUACAGAGAGCAUGGAAGAGUUUGGAAGUAGAGAGCUCAAAAAUAAAAAGUGUUCCUAACGCAGUUUACAAACAGCAGCUCACAAUGUACAGGAUGAAAAACUAUUAUACCAUGAAGAGUCAAGACUUUGAUAUUUUCGAUGCAGAAGACGGCGAAUUCAAUACAAAAUAUAGCAGAGUUCCAGGGUGGCACCAUAUAGAGCACUUGUUUGAAUACAAUACUAAAGGUUUGUUACCUGAUAAAAACAACUUGAUAGCCACCCUCCGCUUAGGAGCUUAUCUUAGGGUUAAGUUUCUCAGAGACAGAAAAAUUCCCUUCAGCGCUCCCUACACUGAAUAUAAAGAAGAAUAUCUAGCUUAUAGAAGGCAGUUUUUCGAAGCGGAAGGUGAAAAGUGGCAAAACAUGCCUCUGAACACGCUGGAUGAUCUCCAUAAACAACUGGAAUUUCUCUCACAGAAAGAACAGGGAAUUGACGAUGAGACAGAGAUAGAUACUCAUAACGUUUCAUCUACAUCCCCUAACCCAGAUCCAGGAACUGGCAAAGAAACUAACUCCAAUGUAAACCAUAUUUCUGAUCGUAAUUCUUUAGAGAAAAUGCUAGACGAGUGUGACGAUGAUAGCUUGUUUGAGUUGAGCAUAGGUUGCCCGACAGAACUUUCAAAUUCAGAUUUGUUUGUUAGACUUGAGAAAUUGUCUUCUGAUAUCAUCACCAAAAAGUAUCGGCAAGAUUCUGGGUUUUUUGGUAGCGAUGUUGAUUGCGAUGAAGAAGUUAACGUUCACAACACGGAAGUUUCAGCACCUGUUGAAAUGAGUACUGGAGGUGAAACGAUUCAAAACGUUAGCGAGAAUAGGACAGAAAUUUCGGACGCAAACCUCGAAAAUUCUGUGAUGACAGCUCAGAAUCAAAAAGAAGAUACAGCAGAAAAUGGGGCAUCUACGAUACCGCUGAUGACUGAUAAAUUGCCGGAGAAUGAAAAUCUACUGGGAACAGUUGAUACAAAUCAUCCACACACAGUUGCAAUGGAAUCGGUAGAAAAUUGUUCUGCCGCCAACACUAAAUCGACUCAGAUGUUCCCAGCUAACAUCGAUAGAGAACAGGACAAGGAGAAUCUUAAUCCACAUGCUCCCAAUAUAUGUGAUGAUACCGAAAACCUAGAAAAUUCAGAUGAUUUUGAGACGAGAAGUAUAAUGAGCGAUCAUAGUUAUUGUAAAACUUCCUCUCCUCGUAGAGUGUUAGAAGAAAAUAACAAUGUACCCAUCGACAAAAAUGUGAAUGCUGCUACCAAAGAUGUGAUGACUCCAUUCGUUUCUAGCAGGACUAGAAUUAUCCCCCGAGUUGUCAAAACCAAACCUCCCAGAGAAAAAGUCAAGUUUAAAGUUCCGGCUCCAAAUCCAUCACCUCCGAAAAGAAGAAAGUUAUCCUCAAAACAAGUAGAAAAACUAUUCAACAGUUUGAUCGUGGCACCAGCAGUGAAAGAAAUGAAAUUCGAAAAGUUCUUCUCUCAGAAUUACCAGCCUCAGUUGGGUGAAGAUAUUCAGUAUUCCGCCCUGAAUCAAGCUGCCUCUGAAACUGAGACUGAUGUAUAA